GAUGCGCGGGCCGCCGCGACGCACGGUCGACGCGGGAGUCGCGCAAGUCGCGAAAGGCGCGACAGUCCUGCGGGAGUCGCGUGUCUCUCCUGGCAGCCGCACACUCCCCGGACUCUAAGCGAGGUCACUCUUCCCCUCGAGGAGGUGGCCUCAAGGCCCCUCCGAAUCCGACCCCGAAGAGGCCCUCGCUAUGCCGGAGGACCCUGACGACGACGAUGUCAUCGUCUGCGCCAAUGGCGUAUCGGCGGCCGAGGGGGCUACAAGGCGACAAAAGCCCACGCAAAACGGCGAAAGAGCCGACCCGAGGAAGUCAAUCGGCGUGCAGACCGCAUCCGGGGUGACAUAUCGACUACGAGUGUUGCCAUUGUUGAAGGACAUCGUCGACGAAGCCGAGAGCAAUACCGAGCCCAGCAAGUCCAUCAGGGUGUGGAAGUACCUCAGGUUCCUGGGCAGGGUCUCCCUGUGUCAACUCGGGCUCCUUUGGCUGCUGAGCUUGUGGGCGGUCGCGGGCUCGGCCGCGUUUUACGCGACCGAGGGUCCUCGGGAACGAGAGCAGGUCCUGAAGCUGAAGGAUAUGCAGGGAGACCUGGCGGUCGGUUUGGCGGAGGAAUUGCGAGGAAUCGAGACCGACAAUCCGGACAUGCUGCCGAGGUGGAACCAGAAGGUGCAGCGGUACGUCGCCGAGCACGAGAAGCUCCUCCUGGCGGCCGUCAGCUCCGGAUACGGCGAGGGUGGGUACGGCUACGACGGGGGAGGUGGUCAGCUUUGGACGUUCCCUGGAUGUGUGCUUUUUGCGAGCUCUCUCCUCACUACUCUCGGUUUCGGCGCACCCGUGCCUCGAACCACGGCAGGCCGCACCGUGGCCGUAAUUUUCGCAGCAGUGGGUAUACCGGCGCAUUUUCUAUUAAUCCUGAACGUCGGAAUCCUGCUGGCAGUGAAACUGCAAGCAUACGCAAUAAAGAAGAGACAGCUUAACGGAGAAGAGGGCGAAUCCAGCGAAUCUUCAUCGAUGUCCAGAUGGAUCAAAUUAGUCCCCUUCGCGUGCAUCGGAGGCUACUACUUGCUGGGCAUCCUCUGUUUCGGAGCGGGGAGAUCGAGAUCCCUCGAGGACAGUUUACUCUUCCCUUUGGAUUUCACAGCAGCUGGUGGCUUGGCGACGACCUCGGGGAUCGUGCGAAUCAUGUACGCCUUGUACUUGGAAGGAGCCGUGACGAUAGCUGCCAUCGCCGUGGCCGUUCUUCGGGUUUCGGCGACGCAGAGUCUGACGAACGUGGGUCUCAAGUACGGCCUACUGAUUCCCGCCUAAAGACCAACAUGAACGUCCCCAGCUACUUUAAGGUGUUACGAAAGGAUAAUUCCAUAUACAUGAAAACGUCAAAACGUUUAUAAAAUUUUCCUCCAAACUGGGUGCACUGGAACAUUUGAAACUUCACCACGUCAUUAUGGAGAUCCUAAGGAAAAUCGCUAUGCUCGUGACAUUAAGAAAAAAAAAUAAAAAAUUGUUCUUUAACCCCGACGAGAACCAAGGAGACAUAUUUAUUUUGUUGAAAAAUGAAAUUUCACGAGCAUCGCGUUAUUCCUUAGGGCCUCUAUAAAUUAUGCGCUGAAAUUUCAAAUUAUUCGGGGCACCCAGUUUGAUGACAAUUUUUAUAUUUUGACGCUUUGAUACAUAUAGAAUGGCCAUAACACCUUAAGACUACACUAAUCAGCUGUUUCGGCACUCGACGUGCUGCAAUUGUGUCGCUAGAGUGGACUCGAACAUCCCUCGAUUAACUGUGUAUCGUGCACUCUCGAUCCACCCGAACCGACCAGAGAUUCAAGGCACAUCGAAGCUGCCAUUAAAACCGCGGCAUGUGAAUCUAUAUGGAACAAUAAUUUCCGCUUUACGAACAUGUUUAUAGUCUUUGUAAGAUAAAUCCUCACUUGCCAGACA